AUUUAGUACGGAUCGCUUAUGGUAGACCAAUGUUGCACAUGCGUCUACCGUUGAAAUUAGACCAAAACAAACUUUAUCAAGAUGGCGACUGCACUGCAAUGUUCUGUGCGAUCACUGCUUUCCAAGUGUAAUGGUUCUGUUCUAAUCAGAUCUCUAUCGACCACUAUUCCGAAAGGAAAAGAUCAAGAAAAGAAACAGGGAAUACUACAAAAGUUGCUUGAUUUUAGUGAUGUUUCUCCUAUUAUGGACGCCCAUUCUAAAACUUUGACGGCAAACCCAGCAACUUACGAGCUUCAAUUUGAAUAUGUGAAACCAGGGUAUAUGGAGCAGUACUUAAAUGACACGUCUAAAAUGUACUCAGAGCUAGAUAAGAGUGAAGCAUACCCAGGAAAUUUAAUAGGUAGUUGGACAACUUUGUACGGUGAUUGUGAUGCUGCUGUUCAUCUCUGGGUUUAUAAGGACGGAUAUAAAGGCGCUUCGAAAAAAAUUGAUUACUUGCGCGAAAACAAAGAAAUGCAAGAAUUCACUGCUGAAAAAGGUAAGUGGUUACGAAGAAGAAGAUAUCAGCUUUGUCAUGAAUUUUCAUAUUGGGGAGAACCGAAGCCUAGAAAACCAUCUCAUAUAUAUGAACUUAGGACAUACAACUUAAAGCCUGGAACGUUGAUUGAAUGGGGAAACAAAUGGGGUCAAGCAAUUCAAAUACGAAGAAAAGACGCUGUGGGAGGUUUCUUUUCACAAGUAGGAGAUUUAUACCAAGUCCAUCACAUUUGGGCAUACAACGAUUUAAACCAUCGUAGAAUUGAACGAGAAAACAUGUGGCAGAUACCAGGCUGGGAUGACUGUGUAGCAUCUACGGUUCCGCUUAUUACAAGCAUGCGAGCGAACAUCCUCCAACCGACAUCAUUUUCACCAAUGCAAUGAUUGUAACACAAAUCGGCGCCUCAUGCAAAGAAACCAUGGUGAAUAUAUUUGCCGUUUAAAACAUCGAGAACAUACAUAAUGUGUAUUUAUAUAUCUCAGUAGACAUUUUUUUCUAAAGAAUUUAUUACGUGAUGUAUUUUACCUGUUUUUACAGAACAGCAUUAAAUAGCUCUUAAUUUUAUUCUGUGUUGGUCGUGCAUACGUGAAGUGAGUCUUGUGUUUAUUUUGUUUGCGUUGAGUUGAUGAAACUUUCAUAGAACGUUUUUUGCCUGCAUGAUUUUGCGAGUAUUCAUCGCUUUAUUAUUGCGAGUUUAUUUUUCGAGUUGGUUGACAUUACGUGUAGCAUCUACUCGGCUGGUAAUAAUUUUGUAGAUAGUUUAUAAAAUACAAAAAUAUAAAAUUGAGAAUUCUGUUUAACACAAGGAGUUAAAAUCCAA